AUGUGGCGGCUCAUUUACAAAGCCACACGAGAUGGAUUUUCUAGUACGGAUUUUUAUCGCUGUUGUGAUAGAAAAGGUGCAACAUUGACCGUGAUUCAAUCGUCAAGUGGACAUUUAUUUGGUGGAUACACAUCAAUCAAUUGGGAAAGUCAUGAAAAUUGGAAAUGGUCAGUGGAUACGAGUGCCUUUCUAUUCACGCUAAUUAAUCCGUAUAAAAUUUUGCCUACUAAAUAUCAAAUAAAUGCUGAAGGUCGAAAUGCAAUUGGUUGCAAAACAACAAUGGGACCAACCUUUGGUCUACGGGAUAUUUGUAUUUAUUCAGAUAGUAAUCAAAAUGCUCGCAGUAAUAUUAUGUUUCCUAGUGAUUAUAUUGAUUCAACUGGCAAAGGACGUCUUACAUUCACUGGUUCACACUAUUUCAAAACUGUUGAAAUUGAAGUGUAUGCUCUAAAGCAGAAAUGA